AUGGAUCAAAAGCAGAUCGAAGAUGCACUAAGUGAUUCAGAUUUUUCAUUUUCGGAUGAAAGUAUUGAUGACAGCGAUGCCGAUCCUCUUUUUCAACUAUCAGAAAGUGAUGACGAAUCCAGUGAUCAUGAAUCCCUUCCAGUACAACUUAAUGCUGAUAAUGAUAAUAUAUCAUCUAACUGGUAUCCUGUUACAGGUAAUUACCAAAAAUAUUUUACUUAUGAAAACGAUUGCACGUUACCUAUAGAAUUAUUGGCAAAUAAUGAGCCAUAUGAUUAUUUUAAAUUAUUUCUUACUGACGAUAUACUUAACUGCAUGGUCUUGGAAACUAAUAGAAAUGCUGAACAAUAUCUAAAAAGUAUUAGACUGUCGCGUAGUAGUAGAUUCCGUUCAUGGCAACCUAUAGUAUUAGAGGAUAUGACGAAAUUUAUUGGACUGUUACUUUGGAUGGGUGUAGUGAAAUAUCCAAACAUUGCUGAUUACUGGAGUAAAGCGGAAAGAUAUGAAAAUAGUGUAGCUCCAAAAAUAAUGAGCCGAAACAAAUUUGAACUAAUAUUACGAUUCUGGCAUUUUGCCGAUAAUGAAACAAGUGAUAAAUCCGAUCGUCUGUACAAAAUAAGGAAUAUUCUUGAUAAAAUUAAUUUCAAUUUUGAACAUUUACUGACACCCGGAGAAAUCAUUGCAGUAGACGAGUCUAUGAUUCCUUUCAGAGGGAGAUUGAAAUUUCGACAAUACAUUCCAAGUAAACGACACAAGUACGGAGUUAAACUAUUCAAAAUAUGUGAUGUUAACGGUUUUACAUACAAAAUAAUUAUUUAUGAGGGAAAACAGUCUAUAUCAGGUCAAUCUUUAGGUGAAACAAUCGUAUUGUCUUUAUGCGAAAAAUAUUUAGAAAAAGGUAGAACAAUUGUCACAGAUAACUUUUAUACAUCUGUCCCACUCGCUAAGCAACUUUUAAAUAAAAAAACACAUUUAGUAGGGACACUUAGGAAAAAUCGCCGUUAUUUACCUAAAGAGGUUAUAACCAAAAAAAUUAAAAAAGGUGAAAUUUUUGGGAAAGAAGACGAUAACGGAAUUGUAGUGUCAAAAUUUAAAGAUAAAAGAGAUAUAUUUUUACUAUCUACACGUCAUAAAUUAGAUAUUGUAGACACAGGAAAACAAUCCAGAAAAAAAGAAAGUAUUUUGAAGCCAGAUGUUAUUUUAUUUUAUAACGCAGGAAAAGCUGGUAUUGAUUUAUCAGACCAACUCGCAUCUUAUUCUUCUCCAGUCAGAAAAAGCAUCCGCUGGUAUCAUAAAGUUAUGACUGAGAUAUUACUUAAUACUAGUGUUAUUAACGCUCAAAUCAUGCAUAAUAUAAAACAUAAUGAUUCAAAAAUGAAUGUAAAACAAUUUCGCGAGUCGUUAAUUGAUAAAAUGCUCGACCUAAAACCCACCAGUCGAAAAUUACCUCAACAAAUGACAACGCCUAACACACUAAAAUCAACAGGAAAUCAAAGGAGAUCAGCAGCACCUAAACACAAAAUAGAGGAAACGGAAGAAAAGUGUCCAAGAAAUAGAAAACUAAGAAAACGUUGUUCAGAGUGUUAUAAGAAAAUAUCACAAGAAAAAGGAUUUAGGUAA